UUAAUUUUUGCAAGAGACACAUCAACGUUCACUCACUCUUCAGAUUCCCACUGAGACUGCUGCCUCGGAAGGGUCUUUCACCUCCCAGAAGUCCACUUUUACAAAUACAUCUUGUGGAGACAGCUUUCCAGGUAAAGUGUCCUCAUGGCUGUCACACUGCAAGGUGCACAAAUGCUGCAGAUGCUGGAGAGAUCAUUGAGGAAGUAUCUUCCUGAAUCCUUAAAGGUUUAUGGGACCGUCUUUCACAUGAUCCAUGGAAACCCAUUCAACCUAAAAGCCAUCGUUGACAAGUGGCCUGAUUUUAACACAGUGGUUGUCCGACCUCAGGAAAAGGACAUGGCAGAUGACCAUGAUUUCUACACCAAUACUUACCAAAUCUUCUCUAAAGAUCCCCAGAACUGUCAGGAAUUCCUGGACUCCCCAGAAGUAGUCAACUGGAAACAACAUUUGCAGAUUCAAAGUUCCCAGUCCCGCCUGAAUGAGGCGAUACAAAAUAUUGCAAACAUUCAGUCUUUCCAAGUCAACCGCUCAGAAAACAUCCUCUUUGCAACAUCAGAGACAAUCAAGAAACUGUUUCCUGCCAUGCUGGAUCCAAAGAAUUUACCUCCGGGUAGUGGCCUGCCCAAGGCCAUCAAUCAAGACAUGUUUAAACUUUCAUCCUUGGAUAUCACUCAUGCUGCCUUGGUGAAUAAAUUCUGGCUUUUUGGUGGCAAUGAGCGGAGCCAUAGAUUCAUUGAACGCUGUAUAAAGAAGUUCCCAAGUUCCUGUGUCCUGGGGCCUGAAGGGACUCCUGCAUCCUGGACCCUAAUGGACCAAACUGGAGAGAUGAGAAUGGGAGGCACCGUGCCUGAGUAUCGAGAGCAAGGUCUUGUCUCCUUUGUUAUUUAUUCACAAGACCAGAUUAUGAAGAAACGUGGCUUUCCUGUUUAUUCUCACACAGACAAAAGCAAUAUUGCCAUGCAAAAAAUGAGUUACAAACUGCAUCAUCUCACCAUGCCCAGCGCCUGGAACCAAUGGAAGUGUGUGCCUGUGUAAAGCUGGCCUUGAACACAAGAUGGUGUUGUGGGGGGCUGGGGAUGUAAUUGGAUGGCAGACAAAGAAUAAAGGUGACCAAAAAGAAAAUAAAUGGAAACCAGAUGCAAAGAA